UAUCCACCAGUCUCCUCCCUCGGCCGCACAUCCUACGAUCGUCUUGCCCGCGCAAGCCCCAAGCCGUGCCCAGAAGAGCCUCUCCCUUCCUCGUCGCCCCUCGCUGCCCCCUACCUCGCCGACGCCACCUCCUCGACCGUUCUCUAUCUCGCCUACGGCUCCAACCUCUGUGCCCAGACCUUCCUCGGCCAGCGCGGCAUCCGUCCCCUCUCGGCCGUCAACGUCUCGGCCCCCUCGUUGCGCCUGACGUUCGAUCUGCCAGGCAUCGCCUACAAGGAGCCCUGCUUCGCCAAUACCGCCCCUCGCAAGAUCCCCAAGCCGCCCAAGAUCCCUCCAGGGCUGCCAGACCCGCCCGCCGUCGUCAUCCCACACCCGCCGCCGGGGAGGGUUCCUGGCGAUCCGCAGUGGGAUGGAGGCCUGAUCGGCGUUGUUUACGAGGUUACACCAGAAGACUAUGCAAAGAUUGUGAAGACGGAGGGUGGUGGCUCCUCGUAUCAAGACAUACUCGUGCCGUGUAUUCCGAUCCCGACCCGACCCCCUGGAAUCCCGGAAGAUCCGCCUUAUCCAGGUCUACCCAAGCCCUUCCUUGCGCACACUCUCUAUGCGCCUCGACUUCCCAAAAAGCCUGAGGACGGAGACGAUGGAAACAAUGAUGACGGCGACGACAGCGAUGGCGACGAUGACGACGAUGGCCCACUGGACAGACUGAAAGACUGGUGGAAGAAGCUGCUGCUUCAGCCUGUCCGCCCUGAUCCAGAGUACGCUCAGCCCUCGGCUCGGUACCUCAAGCUCAUCGUCGACGGCGCGGCCGAGCAUGACCUGCCCGUGGAGUAUCAGCGAUACCUGGCGAGUCUGCAGCCGUAUACCAUCACCACACGUCUCCAGGCUCUGGGGCAGUUCUUGUUCCUGGCACUGGUCGGGCCUUGGUUGGCAUUGUACCUGGGCCUGUCGAGGGUGCUGGCGGAUGAUAAUGGCAGGGUGCCAGUCUGGCUUGGCCUGGUCAUGGACACUUUCUUUCACCUCACGUGGGGUCUUUACGACCGGUGGUUCAAGCCCUUGUUUGGCGACGGUGAGAGGACAGUUGAG